AUGUCUUCCGCAGAUGACGAUUCAUCUACCCCGUCCAUUUCACCAUCUAUCAUCGUGGGAAUUGUGAUCCUAUCCGCCGCUGUCGUAGUCAUCAUUGCUGCCAGUGUGUUCCGGUUCUACUCCCGCAGUGGAAACAAAAACGCCUUCGAUGACAACAACAGCGAUUUGGAUCUCUUCAACCCGAACCAAGUACGUCCGGCCAGUCAGGUGGCACGCAUGAAGGAAGUGCGCUGGAUCAACAACAUGUAUGCGUGGGAACGGGGCAGACAGGCGAGACUGGAGAUUGGAGAACUCAGACCUACCACCAUGUUCGGAGGAAAUCGACAGGGUGAAGCAAGAGUCUGGGAUGAAUGGAGUGUCUGCAAGAAUCGGGAGGUGAAUUCAUUCCCAUUUCUUACUUGUCUAGCAAGAACUGACAAAAACCAGUCCACCAUGGCUCAUCAGGCAGGUGACCACAGCAACGCCUCACAGUUUUACAACGUCGACGAUUUAUAUGCACAGGCUUCUCACCAACGCCUCAGCCAAGCCACGUCAGUCCUACUCCCACCUCAACCGGGCUUCUUCCAUGCGAACCAAGGCCGCCGUGACUCACGACUGCGCUUCUCGGAAGUCCCACCAUCAAGCCUGGCUCCACAUCAAGAACAUCGAGGUCCAAUCAUGGUUCCGAUUAACGAACAAGGAGGUCGAAUGGCAAGACAUGACGAAGAUAUCAAUACCGACAUUGCCGUCGUCGAUGAUAGUCCCACUCCUAGACCCAGCGGUAUCAACAACAACACCAACCAACGUGAGCAUAUCAUGGAAGAUCUAGCAGCUGGUCUUGGAGUCGGCCUCGGAUUUGGACAUGGCUCUGGAUAUGGAUUUGGUUAUGGCGCAGACAACAGCAACGGAAAUCACGAAGCGAUGCAGAACAAUCAGAGAGUGAAUGGAAUGCGCGUGCCGACUAUGGUCUUGGCUCCACCACCAGUACGGAGAUAA